UUUAUAUCGAACAAUGCUAAGUAUUAUUUAAAUCAAUUGUGUAUUUAAAUCUUAAUAACGAAAUACGUGUUUCUGCUUGAAUUUUUGUUAAUUUCUCGGUCAUCACUGAUAAGAAUCGUUUUACUGAUACCCGCAUUACCGGAAAAUAAAAUGUCUUUGUUUGAAUUAUUGUUUAUUAUAUUUAUUUAUUUAAAUAAUUCAAGUGACUUUCCUUUAAGAACAAACAUGUGUUGUGUUGCAAAUCAAUGAUAUGUUUUAUUAGCUCAAGAUGGAGAGAGAUAGACAGGUGAAAGUUUUUUAUGAAUAGUUACUUUUUUUAAAGACGGCCAAGAACGUGAUCGUUAUUUCAUGUGCAUAAAAAAUGGCAUUAGUACGAUCAUAUUUAGUACGUAGGCUUGAAAAAAUAAGAUUUAUAAGUAAUCAGGCAGUAAACACGUCGAAAGACUAUUCAUUGGCAGAUGAUGUGCACACGAAUGUAAAACCUUAUGAAGAAGUUCCAGGUCCGAAACCACUGCCGAUAUUAGGAAACACAUGGCGCAUGUUUCCUAUAAUUGGACAGUAUGAAAUCGGGGACGUUGCGGCUAUUUCACAGAUAUUUUAUGAUAAAUACGGUGAAAUUACACGACUAACUGGUCUCAUUGGCAGGCCGGAUUUGCUUUUUGUUUACGAUGUCAACGAGAUUGAAAGAUUGUAUCGACAAGAAGGACCAACACCUUUCAGACCUUCUAUGCCUUGUCUUGUAAAAUAUAAAAGCGAAGUCAGGAAGGAUUUUUUUGGUGAACUUGCUGGUGUUGUUGGAGUACAUGGAGAACCAUGGAAAGAAUUUCGUACCAGAGUUCAAAAACCUAUUUUGCAACCGCAGACUGUUAGAAAAUAUAUAUCGCCUAUAGAAGUUGUUACGAACGAUUUUAUAAAUCGAAUUGAUAAAAUAAAAAAUUCAAAUGAUGAAGUACCCGCGGAUUUUGAUAACGAAAUUCACAAAUGGGCAUUGGAGUGUAUAGGAAGAGUUGCACUUGAUGUAAGACUCGGUUGCUUAGAAGACAAUUUGACUGAUGAUUCGGAGCCACAGAAAAUAAUAAACGCCGCGAAAUUUGCGUUGAGAAAUGUCGCUGAGUUAGAAUUGAAAGCGCCGUACUGGAGAUAUAUUCCAACGCGUCUGUGGUCGCGUUACGUUAAAAAUAUGGAUUUUUUUAUAGAAGUUUGUAUGAAAUAUAUCGAUGCUGCUGUCGAAAGAUUGAAAAAUAAAAAGUCUGUUAGCGAUGCAGACUUAUCAGUCAUCGAAAGAAUAUUAGCCAAUGAAAAAGAUCCUAAAAUAGCUUAUGUACUGGCUCUUGAUCUUAUUUUAGUUGGAAUUGAUACUAUUUCAAUGGCAGUAUGCUCGAUACUUUACCAAAUAGCAACGAGACCAGAAGAACAAGAAAAAAUUUACAGAGAAUUGGUAAAUAUUUUACCAGAUCCUACAGUUUCGCUGACUAUGAAACAUCUAGACCAGGCCGUUUACACCAAAGCAUUUGUCAGAGAAGUAUUUAGAGUUUAUUCAACUGUAAUAGGAAACGGACGUACAUUACAAAAUGAUACGGUUAUUUGUGGGUAUCAUAUACCUAAAGGAGUCCAGGUAGUAUUUCCGACAAUAGUUACAGGAAAAAUGGAAAAGUGGGUUGAAAACGCUCAUGAAUUCAAACCCGAGCGUUGGCUCAAAGAAAACGAAAACAAAAAACUUCACCCUUUCGCUUCAUUGCCUUAUGGGCAUGGCGCGCGCAUGUGUUUGGGUCGCAGAUUUGCCGACCUUGAGAUCCAGGUACUUCUUGCAAAACUCAUACGUAAUUACAAACUUGAGUAUAAUUACGAGCCGCUUAACUACAAGGUCACGUUCAUGUACGCUCCUCACGGAGACCUGAAGUUUAGAGUGGUCAAGAGAUAACUUUUGUUGAAUUGUAUUUCAUUUACAGUUUUUUUUAUAAAUUUUAU